AUCGAGCCUGCAAUCAGAGCAUGUGCCCUGACUGGGAAUCAGACCAGUGAUCUGGUGUAUGGGGGAUGCUCAACCAUGAGCACCUCUGCUGUGUUUUAUUCACUUUUCUGGAAGCUGUUAUGGAGAAGCCACAGAGUCUGGGGGCCACAUGCAAGUCUCCCCUGAGCCAGAAAGGGCAGCCCCUCCAGGUGGCAUCAUAGGGUCACCUCCCUGCCAGCCCUAGCCCUUUUCUAGAGCACCCCAAUAGGGUGAUGAGAGUGGGUUGGGGCUUGUAGGAAGAGGCCAGUGUGGUGGGAAGCCCUCAGAUGAUGCAGCCUGUACUCUGUUCGCUGACUGGCACCAGUACUCUGGCCUCUCAAAUCUCAACUUGAAGCCAGGUGUUCCACUACCUGGAACAUCCUAAUAGGAAGGCGGAAACCUAUGCCGUUCGUCUACGCUUGUCUUCCCCAUCCUCCCCUGUGCCUUGUGCUGCGGGUACCAGGUGCCCGGCGCUGAGAUCCGCUGGGAGGGACGGAACAACUGAAGUCCCAGGACUCCUCAUGGCUCUGAAGUCACGGACACAAACACGAGCUGUGGGGGGAGAACCCAGGGCGGGGGCUAAAGGGCAGGCGCGUUCUGGGGAGCGCGGGCGCCGGGGCCUCCGGGCGACGAAAGCGGGGGCCGGGGCUAGGACACGGGUCCUGACGGCGGGGACGCCCGCGGGCUGCGCACCGACGUCGCGGGGGGCGGGCCAUCCGCAGGGUCCUCCCCGCGAGUGGCGGCUCCGCCCCGCCCGGCCCUCCGGCGCCCUUGCAGCUGCUUCCGGCUCGGCGGCUCCGGGCGCCUCCGGGAGGCCGCGGCCCGAACGCUGUGCCCGGGAGGGGCCGCCGCCACAGCACCCGGACGCCUGGGUCCCCGACAGGCCCGCUCGUGGGCUCGCGACUGCGGUCUCCGAGGACGUCGUGGCCUGACCUUCCCGAGGCCGCGUCUCAGCUGCGCGCUUGGGGCCCGCCCGCCGCCCGGGGGGACUCACAGCCCUGGAAUCCGAGGGAUGAACCUGCUGGCGAGGUUCGCCGACACCUGCCCCACCCUCCCACAGGGGACUUCCCAGCGCUGAGCUCCCCAAGUCGGCAGGUUAGGACCCUACAUCGGAGCACUUCCUUCCCUCUUGGAUGGAGCGCCGCCUCUCCAGCUUUGGGGGCACCUUGGGUGGCCUCGGUGAGUGAAACUGGGUGUGCUGUUUGCUGGGAAGAAACCCGGAAACGGGGAGGACGCUGUCGGGUGACAGAGGCCUGGUCGGAUCCUGAGACUUGGAAGUCUUGUGUGUGGGGCGGUGAACGCACUCACCCAGCAGAUUCCUGUGCUGCUGAGCCUCAACAGUGCCAGGACGCGGCCUCAGGAUUUGGGGUUCAUUGCACAUUCCAACCAUGUUCCUGCGACGGCUGGGUGGCUGGCUACCUGGCCCUUGGAGCCGCCGGAAACCCAGGCCUGACCCGCCCACCCCAGAACCCAGACGGCUGGAUAGCUCCUCGGAAAACUCAGGGAGCGACUGGGACAGCGCCCCAGAAACCAUGGGCGAUGUGGGGCCUUCCCAGAGGAAGGACUCAGGGGCCCGGAGUCGUUCUGGGACUGCUCCCCAACCAAGCAGGGAGCCCCAAGUUGAGCAACUGGGGAGCAAAAGGAUGGAUUCCCUCAAGGGGGACAAGACUGGUGCUGGCAUUCAAGAGUCUGGGAGACUGGAGGCAGCAGAGGCCAUUCCCCAUCUGGGAUGGGACCCUGUGGACUCAGGUGGCACCAGGAGAUCUGAAGUGCCUCCUGAAGGGGGACUGAGCCCCCCUGGGCCUGAAGCGCCAAUGGAGAAGCCUGGCCGCCGUCAGAAGCUGCUGGGCUGGCUGCGGGGGGAACCAGGUGGGGGAGCAGGGGCUCCCUCGCAGUACCUGGGGGGCCCAGAGGAGUGUCUGCAGAUCUCCACCAACCUGACGCUGCACUUGCUGGAGCUGCUGGCCUCGGCCCUGCUGGGACUGUGUUCACGGCCCCUGCGGGCAGCCCUGGACAUGCUGGGCCUGAGCGGGCCUCUGGGCCUCUGGCUGCAUGGGCUGCUGUCCUUCCUGGCUGCCCUGCACGGGCUCCAUGCCGUGCUGAGCCUACUUACUGCUCACCCCCUGCACUUCGCCUGCCUCUUUGGUCUCCUACAGGCUCUGGUGCUGGCUGUCAGCCUCCGGGAGCCAAGUGGGGAUGAGGAGGCCACUGACUUGGAGGGUAAUAAGUUGAGGAGGGAGGGAGAGGAGCAGAGGGGAGACCCAGGAAAGGGGCUGUGACCUCAGAGUGGGUGUGACCAGGCCCCCCCUCCCCCUCCGUGGGGUGGGAGCAAGGGUGAAGACAGUGUGGCCUUUAGGAGAGUAGGGGGGAUGACCCAGAUUGUAAGCACAGGGACCUCAGGGAUGGGGAAGAAACCCCAGAACAUGAGGGUACCCACCCACCCAGGGAGAGAACAGCUGUUCAGGGCAUCUGGGUUUAUGGACAGUGGGGGCAUAGCCCUUGAAUUCACCAGCUGUUGUUACUUUUUGAUUUUAUAUUUCUCCUACCUUCAAGUUUUUUUCCUCAUCUUCACGUUUUAAAAGCCAAAAAAUAUUUUUUUUUUAAUGUUGUGGUGGAGAAUAAAGACUAAAUAGUCCUCUCUACCUUUCAAGACUC